AUGACGUCCCCUUUACACCAAGAUGUCAACAAAGUUCCCCGCUGCAAAAAAGGCUACAGGCUACUCGCCGGAACCUGCAUCAAGCUCGUUGUUUCAUCGGAACUGUUCGGGCUCAUCAAGGCCGGAAAGUUCUAUCAUCAUGCCAAGUUGGAUUGCUGGAUGGAAGGAGCUACACUGGCCAUGCCGAAGACGGAAGAACUGGACGUCGCUCUGAGAGAUCUGGUCAAAACGGAAGGAGGCAACAAGGAACACUGGAUCGGUAUGGAGGAGAAAGACGGAACCUGGUAUUGGGUGGACGGUUCGAAGGUCGGCCACAACGGGUACACGGGAUGGAAUCCAGGCGAGCCAACUUACUACCGAUGGCCGCCGAGAUGUGGACAGUACUGGUCAGGCCGCACUGGAUACCCCAUGUGGGACGACGAGGGUUGUUCCCGUAGGAUGAGGUGGUUCAUCUGUCAGCAUCCUCCAUCCUAA